UAGUGCAGCUAGGAGAGAUGGCAUUGAGUGUGAAGAUCAUUAGCGAGGAAAAGAUCAAACCUUCCUCUCCAACGCCGGAAACCCAAAAGCAUUUGAAAUUCUCCUUCUUAGAUCAGCUAGCUCUGCCUGUUUAUGUACCCGUCCUUCUUUUCUACGCUCCAGGCGGCGAUGACAAUCAAACAUCCAAGUCCCACCUCCUGAAAGCUUCCUUAUCCAAGGCAUUAGCCCAAUACUAUCCAUUCGCUGGCCGAGUUCAAGACAAUAAUGUUUCAAUCCAUUGCAACGACGAGGGAGCCAUCUAUGUGGAAGCCCAAGUCAACUGCCGUCUCUCCGACGUCCUCAAUCAACUCAACGUCGACUCACUCAACCAAUUCCUCCCUUUCUCCAUCGCAUCCUCCGACUCUGCCAAAGCCUGCAUUCUGCUUGUCCAAACCACGUCGUUCCAAUGCGGUGGCAUGACAAUUGGCUUGCUCAUGUCCCACAAAAUCACCGACGCCUCAUCGAUUAGCUCCUUCAUCAACACCUGGACUGCCAUUGCCGUGGCAGGGGAUGAUUCCAACGCAACAAUUUCUCAACUCCCACUUCCGGAAUUCAUCAGCGAUUCUGUUUUGCAACCGCCCCAGGAUCUCCAAGUUGCAACGCCCACGUCAGACACAGGAAUCCACGCGAAAGGCGUGACGAAGAGGUUAGUUUUCGAGGGAUCCAAAAUAACAGCUCUCAAGGCAAAGGCAGCCAGUGCCAGAGUGGAGCAACCCACACGUGUGGAAUCUGUAGCUGGACUGAUAUGGAAAUGCGCCAUAGCUGCAUCCAAAUCAACUUCCGGGGUUUCAAAGGCGUCUGUGCUCGGCCAAGCCGUGAAUCUCCGGAAAAGAUUGGAGCCCAAUUUGUCGGACACGUCGAUCGGGAAUCUGUUGGGGUUCAUCACGCCGGAAACGAAGGCAGGGGCGGUGGAGGAGAUAGAGUUGCAGGAGGUGGUCGGUUUGUUAAGGGAAGGGAUUGCGGAGUUUAAGAAGAGUGGGUAUAAGAAAUACCAAGACACGGAGGCUUAUCUGGAGUUCUUUAAAACGAUGACCGACCCAGACGGUCCGUACAGCAGCGACAAGAAUUUCUACUUGUGUAGCAGCUGGAGCAGAUUUGGAUUUUACGAAACUGAUUUUGGGUGGGGAUGUCCCGUUUGGUUCAUCGGCGGACUUUCCAUGUUCUCCAAUUUUUUCUUGCUGAUGGAUACAAGAGAUGGGCGGGGAAUUGAAGCGUUGGUGACUCUGAGUGAAGAAGACAUGGCUGUGUUCCAACGCGAUGAAGAUCUGCUCGCGUUUGCGUCGUUCAAUCCCGACGUCAUUCAAGUCGCGGACUCGAAGGGAUCAAGCAGAGUGUGUGAAGGCAAAAGUACAUCGGAAGUCGCCGUCGGCUCCGAUGUACAAGUCCUCAGCGUUUGAAUUUUUGAAAUCGUAUUAUUCCAGCUUGAUUUGUUGGUUGUCGUUACUCCGCCGCCAAAUUAAUUUCAACC